GGGAAUGUAGUGGAUAUGUGGUAUGAGCGGAGGCGGUGACGACGCACCUGGGGAAUUACAAGAACAAGCAACCGUCCUCUUACGUUUUUUUUUUUCAAUGGAGACUGUCCCGACGAAGGACAUGCAUUAAACUUCGGAGCUGCAGAAUAAAGCAGAACAUGUAUACGACGGAGCGCAGGCGAAUGAGCCUGCACGAACUGAGGAGGAAAGAUCCAGUGUGGGUGUCAGCUGGAAGUUUGUGGCAGGACCCGCUGGCGAUAGAGCUAAGCGCCAGCGGCUCGGGUAAACAGAUCGUUUCCCCACGCAGUCGGACCAGAGCGGUGUCCGUGGCAUACAUUGUCAACGAGGACGCGUCGGUGCCGCAGACUGAGGAGAACUUAUCACUGAAAUGUCUCAAGGAAGCAUGCGCGGACGCACACGCCGUUUUCAAAACCAUUCCAUUUGAGAGGAUAUCUAUGGGCACCACCGACAUACUGGAUAGUUUCUACAAUGCAGAUGUAGCGGUGGUUGAGAUGAGUGACUCUUUCUGCCAGCCUUCCCUUUUCUAUCACCUCGGAGUGAGAGAAAGUUUCGGCAUGAUCAAUAACAUUAUCCUAUACUGUUACAAGCCAGACAGUGAUCUGCAGGCUGUCAAGGAGCAGUGUGGAAGUUACACCUUCAUCCCUUACGUGGUGUCACCUCAGGGCAAAGUGUUUGCCUGUGAUGCUACAAUGAUGACUGGUAUGAAAGAGUUGAUGCAGCCUUGUUUCCAGCUGGAGCCCCUGCUGACCCUGCUGGUGGACAGACUGGUGCACCUACUUAACAACGUGCAUGUUCAGUCCAGCGAGUACUUCCGGGAGUCAAUCAGGCAUGAGAUUCGUAUGGCACGGGAACGGUUCAGUGGCCAAGACCUGAGCGAGGAGUUGAGCCGCAUCCAGAAACGCCUGGACAGUGUAGAGCUGCUCACUCCUGAUAUAGUCAUGAACCUGCUGUUGUCCUACAGGGACAUUCAGGACUACGAUUCCAUAAUCAAACUGGUGGAGACUCUGAACAACCUGCCCAUGUGUCUGGUAGCAAAGCAUCAGAAUAUCAAGUUUCAUUAUAUAUUUGCUCUAAACAGGAGGAAUCACCCUGGAGAUCGCGCUAAGGCUUUGGAGUUAAUUCUGCCUAUCGUGGUCGGGGGCAAGGUGGCGUCAGAUGUCUUCUGCCUGUGUGGUCGGAUCUACAAAGACAUGUUCAUGUGCUCUGGGUUCACUGAUCAGCGCAGCAGAGACCAGGCCUGCUAUUGGUAUGGGAAAGCUUUUGAGACAGAGCCAACUCUUCACUCUGGCAUCAACAAUGUGGUCCUCCUGAUGGCAGCUGGCCAUGAAUUUGAAACUUCCAUUGAGCUGCGCAAAAUUGGUGUGACUCUAAGCUCUCUGCUGGGUAGAAAGGGCAGUUUGGAGAAGAUGAAGGACUACUGGGAUGUCGGCUUCUUCCUCGGAGCAAACAUCCUUGCUAACGAAUACAGGAAAGUCAUUGAGGCCUCUGAGAAGCUCUACAGGUUCAAGGCCCCUAUCUGGUUUGUGGCAUCCAUUAUGGAGACGUUCAUCCUGUACCGUCAAUUUGCCAAACCACCCGAGGUGAAAUCUCCUAAACGCGACACAGUGGAUUUCUGGAUGGAGCUGCUUCUGCAGGCCUGUAAACCCACUGUCUCUACAGACCGCUGCCCAGUGCUCGUUCUGGAGCCCAGUAAACUCCUGCAACCAGCUAUUGUGUGUGUGAGCGAGGAGGACGAAAGUCGCACUGUCCAGUUGAAACACGUCACGUCCUUAAAGAAAGGCUUACACCAGUGGACUUUCCCAGCCUCUGCAAUUCGGGGAGUGAGUGCUUCAAAGAUUGAUGAGCGGAGCUGCUUCCUGUAUGUCCACUAUAACUCAGAUGACUUCCAGCUCUGCUUCCCCUCUGAGCUGCACUGUAAAGGAUUCUGCGAGCUGGUAAACUCUCUACUUCAGCAGGCUGAAGACUCUGCUCAGGACCUGAACCAUCUAACUGAGGGAAUACUAGAGUAUAUCUAUGAGACCAAUGAGAAUAGAGACAAGGUGGUUCUGGGCAAAGGGACGUACGGUGUGGUGUACGCUGGGAGGGACUUGAGCAACCAAGUACGCAUCGCCAUCAAGGAAAUCCCUGAGAAGGACAGCACGUACUCCCAGCCCCUCCAUGAGGAGAUAGCUCUGCACAAGAGGCUAAAACACAGAAAUAUUGUCCAGUACCUGGGCUCUGUCAGUCAGGAUGGUUUCAUCAAGAUCUUCAUGGAAGAAGUUCCUGGAGGAAGUUUGUCAUCUCUCCUACGCUCCAAAUGGGGUCCUCUGAAGGACAACGAAGCCACCAUCAUCUUCUACACCAAACAGAUCCUGGAGGGGCUCAAAUACCUUCAUGACAAUCAGAUAGUCCACAGAGAUAUUAAGGGUGACAAUGUAUUGAUCAACACAUAUAGUGGAGUGCUGAAGAUCUCAGACUUUGGAACCUCCAAACGAUUAGCAGGGAUCAACCCCUGCACUGAGACAUUCACUGGAACUCUCCAGUACAUGGCCCCAGAGAUUAUAGACCAAGGGCCUCGGGGUUAUGGGAAGCCGGCCGAUAUCUGGUCCCUAGGGUGCACUAUUAUAGAGAUGGCAACAGGCAAAACACCCUUCCAUGAGCUGGGAAGUCCUCAGGCAGCCAUGUUCAAGGUGGGCAUGUUUAAGAUCCACCCCAAGGUUCCAGAGUGCAUGUCAGACGCGGCAAAGGGCUUCAUCAUGAACUGCUUCACGCCGAACCCAGAUGACAGAGCCACGGCCGCAGAGCUGCUGAUGGACACCUUCCUCCGGUCGUCCCCUAGGAAGAGGACCAAAGCUCCACAGGAAAUAGAAUCUAAAGACUCUUCUGCUGACUAUCAACGCAGCCUGUCUGUACCUAUCUCCAUCCUUGUGGAGGACACUGAUUCGUUCUCAGGUUCAAUCGACCUGUCCUGUUCCCUGGACCUCAGGAGGCCUCAGUCCACCCUCAGAGCAGAUGAAAUCUCAGAGAGCCCACCAAGCACCAGCUUCCUGCCAAUACCAGAGGACUCUCCAUCAGAAAUGUGCAGUCCAGCCUCAACAGAGGAAAAUAUUGGUCUUUUUAUGUUGAGAAAGGACAGUGAAAGGAGAGCCACACUGCACCGAGUCCUCACUGACUACAUCAGUCUUGUCGUCUUUAAUAUACAGGAGUCUGUGCCUCAGCAUGGCGAGGGAUCAUCAAUAACUGCAGACCACAUCACCCAACUCAUUGGCUGCUUGCGAGACAACAUCCGUUCCCCGGACAGGAAGCAGCUGACAAGUAGCCUGCUGGACCUUCGAACCACACUGCUCACUGCCGCAGUAUCACUGAACAGCCUGCAGGUGGUGCUGUUCAGCUUCCAAGAUGCAGUGAAGAAGGUGUUGAGGCAGCAGCAAGUGAAACCUCACUGGAUGUUUGCUCUGGACAAUCUGCUGAGACAGGCAGUCCAGGAAGCCAUUACUGUGCUCCUACCAGAGCUGAAACUCCAACUGCAGUCCUCAUUUGAGAUUGAGGACAGCACUCCUGAGGAACAAUGUGGUGACCCAGACUCUUCUGUAAUUCCCACCCCUGACCAGCUGGUGGUGCAAGCAGACGAGCAAGAAAAAACACCAGUAAAUGAGAUCUUGCCUACAGCCAGCCUCAGCUACCCUGCAGACCUCGUGCUCAACAUAAACUGUACCCUCAGUGAGAAACUGAAGGACCUACGACUAGAGACCAGAGGACUGCUGUGUCAGCUGAAUGAGAAGGAGAAAGAGUACCAGGAGCUACUGAGGAACUCUGUCCAGAGAAAACAGCAACAGAUAGAUGCACUGAGGAAAGCAGCAGUCACUGAAGAUGAUGGGUUGGCUUCACAGAAAAGCUCUAAUCCCGAAGUGAAGGCUUUGGUGCGCUGGCUAAAGUCUGUCCCUGUGGAUCAAGACACAAUCGAUAAGUUGCUCUCUCAUGAAUUCACCUUGGACUGUCUCCUCUACAUUGCCUCCAGGGAUGACUUGAUGUACUGUGGAAUAAGAGGGGGCAUGUUGUGUCGAAUCUGGGCAGCUAUCACAGCUCGCAGGAAGACCCAGCUCAGCACACACAAUGAGGACAGUGAGGACACUCUUCUUUAAUGGCUGCUGAUGUUGUACAUCAAAAGGACAGAUUUAUUGACGGGCUGGCCCUGUGUCAUCUGGAGCAAGUGAGGCAGAAGUGAACAUAACUGACUUUGCAGGAAACUACUGUAAAGCAGGAUAGAUUCUGGUUACCUUGUUGAACUGUGAAUGUAUUUCUUUUUUUUGGUUUGUUUUCUUUUUUACAGAUACUGACCACUUCUUCCAGUUUUUGUGCAUGUGAGAAACAAUGCAAAAAAUCUUAAAAGUUAGAUCUUGCCAGCAUUUUAUAUUUCUCAGGAUUUUGCUAAGGGAGACAAUAUUUAUGCCUUCAUAAAAAACUGCAUAGUGGAGUAUUGAUUUGUCUACACAAAACACAUUUAAUGGUUUUUUAAUGGUGCCUUCUGAUGAUGCUGUUUUACUGUCUUUUACAGAAAACUUAGCAGGACCUAAGUUAUUAAGGGCAUACUGUAUUUAAGAUGAAUGUACCUGAAUUCGUGGGGGAAAACAUGGAUUAUGUGUACUGUAUAUCCUGUUAAAACUCAUUCAGGUAAUAAACAGGAAACCUUAAA